GCCCACACGGCACGGUGUCCCGAUAACACAAGGCUUGACUCACCAGGCCUUGACCCCAGAGAACCAACAGCCGGAACGUAAUAUCCAAGAAUCGGUUGGCUCUCGACUUUGAGGACAGGAUAAGUCACCUCGGCGACCAGGCCUACCGGCGCAUUUAUCCUGUCUCGAACUGAUCCGUCUUCAACCCUCGACGACCACACUGACCGACAAAACCAUGGCGGACGCGGUGGCAGAUGCCGCUGCGAAAUUGCAGCUCGGCGACAUGCCGGCUCCGGCUGAGAACGGGACAAAGCUGCAGCUCGACGAGGAGACGGGCGAGUGGGUGUCAAAAGGAGAGCUGAAGAAGCGCUUGGCGAAGCGCGCAAAGAAGGCACUCAAGGAGAAGAACAAGGAUGCAAACGACACCGCCACCGCUCUCAAGGCCGCCCAGGACGCGGUGGCCUCCAAAAAGCCCAAGGAAAGGAUGGAGGAGGCGGCCAUCGACCCGGAUGCCAUGUUCAAGCAGGGUUUCCUCAACGAUGUCUUCAACGAGCGGCCCGAAAACCAAGUCUUCACCCGGUUCCCGCCAGAGCCGAACGGUUUCCUUCACAUUGGACAUGCCAAAGCGAUUGCCGUCAAUUUUGGCUUUGCUAGGUAUCACGGCGGCAAGUGCUAUCUGAGGUUCGAUGACACAAACCCCGAGGCCGAGGAAGAAAUCUACUUUACCGCCAUUGAGGAGAUGGUGCGCUGGCUCGGGUUCGAUCCCUACAAGAUCACGUACUCCAGCGACAACUUUGACAGGCUAUACGAGCUGGCCGAGAAGCUCAUCACGCUUGGGAAAGCCUAUGUCUGCCACUGCGGGGACGACGAGCUCAAGCUUCAGCGCGGCGGUGAGAAGGGGACGAGCCCCCGCUACCGGUGCAAACACGCCGAACAGACGGUCGAGGAAAACAUCCAGCAGUUUCGCAAUAUGCGGGACGGGAAGUACAAGCCGAGGGAAGCGUUCUUACGCAUGAAGCAGGACAUUACUGAUGGCAACCCUCAAAUGUGGGACCUUGCUGCAUACCGUGUACUCGACAAGCCCCAUCACAGGACCGGUUCGAAGUGGAAGAUCUAUCCAACAUAUGACUUUACCCACUGCUUGUGCGAUAGCUUCGAGGGCAUCACGCACUCCCUGUGCACCACCGAGUUCUUCCUUAGCAGGACGUCUUACGAAUGGUUGAACAAGCAGCUUGUGGAGUUCCAGCCCAUGCAGAGAGAAUACGGCCGCCUCAGCAUCUCGGGUACUGUGCUUUCCAAGCGUAAGUUGAAGGAGCUGGUGGAGAAGAAGUACGUACGGGGAUGGGAUGAUCCGCGGCUUUACACGCUGAUCGCCGUCCGCCGGAGAGGUGUCCCUCCAGGCGCAAUUCUCGAGUUCGUCAAUGAGCUCGGCGUCACAACAACGAACAGCAUCAUCCAGAUCUCCCGGUUCGAGCAAACUAUCCGGCGCUAUCUCGAGCGGACCGUGCCGAGGCUGAUGCUUGUACUUGACCCGGUGCCUGUGGUUAUCGAGGAUGCCGACGAGUUCGAUGGGAUUGAAAUCUCGGUGCCGUUCUCGCCCAAGAACCCGGCCAUGGGCGACCACAAGAUCAAGUUCUCCAAGACCGUCUAUAUUGACCGCUCCGACUUCCGCGAGGUUGACAGCAAGGAUUACUUCCGUCUGGCGCCAGGGAAGACAGUUGGCCUGCUCCAGGCUCCAUUCCCUAUCAAGGCAACCAGCUUCACCAAGGACGAGGCGACGGGCAAAGUCGCCGAGAUCCGUGCCAUGUUUGACCGCGAGACCAAGAAACCCAAGACCUUUAUCCAGUGGGUUGCCGCCGGCGAGGGCUCGGGGUCUCGCAAGUGCGAAGUGCGCCUGCACAACCCACUGUUCAAGUCGGAGAACCCAGCCGCCACCGAGGGCGGGUACUUGAACGAUAUCAACCCAGACAGCGAGGUGAUCUACCCCGAUGCCGUGAUUGAGUCGGGCUUCGAUGAGGUCAAGGCGCGGGCACCGUGGCCUGAGGCUGCUGGUGAGGAUAAACUUGGCAAGGGUGGCCCAGAGUCGGUCCGCUUCCAGGGCAUGCGCGUUGCGUACUUUGCUAUGGACUCGGACAGCACCAAGGACAAGAUUGUGCUCAACCGCAUAGUGUCGCUCAAGGAGGAUAAGGAGAAGAGCUGACUUUAGAUGCCCUAGGUGUGGCAUUUGACGGUGCAAGUAAGCCGGGAGGAAGGCCUCGCAGGUAUAGACAGCUGUUCAACCAAGAUAUGUUGGGCUACCCGUUCAUGUUCCGUUUGUGCAACCAGUGCUCCCGCCCACCAGUUUGGAAGCUAAACAACAUGGCCGAGUUGGAGCCCGGGCGUACAAUGAGGCUUCCUUGCCCUCCUGCGCCUCGGUUCAACAAAAUUCAACCGGUUAACGUUAUCGCCCAUUUAACGCAGCAAAAAUCUCACGAUGUUGAACCACUGGGGCUGGAUUGUGUGUUCAACCGGCGAUGCACACCGCCAAUUUCCGUUUCAUGUGGCUCCCCGCCCCCUUUCCAUCCCCGCCUGCCUCAUCGUCGUCCGACUGCUAUCCUUAAGGCGUAUC